UUCUGUUGAAAGAUGCCUUAAAUUGCUACCAUAUAUAAUGUUUGCUGUAUCUGCAUUCAUAUCACAUCUAAUUCGAGUCAUUAGUUUCAUUUGGAUUACCUGAUGGGGUACCCGGAGUUAAACUUCCAAUUAUGAUGUAGCUGUCUUGCUAAAAAUAUUGUCAGACAUGUAUGUGAUUAGAGCUUUUAAUUUAUCGAUGAGAAUAGUGCAUUUCAUAUCUGUAACAUGGCUUGUUGUUUUGAUUUUCCAUAUCUUUAUCUUUGUCAGAAUUUUGGUUUCCUUGAUUUUGACGAGAGAGUGGUGGAUGGUUUCUACGAUGUAUAUAAUCUAUCUGGGGACCCAGCAGUUCGGGGGAACAUGCCUUCUUUGGCAGAUCUUGAAAGCGUCAUUGGAGGCUCUGAUUAUGAGGUUGUCAUAGUUAACAGAAAAAUAGACCCUGCUUUGGAGGAGUUGAUGCAGAUAGCACACUGCAUUGCAUUAGACUGCCCGACGUCUGAAACCACACUGCUUAUACAGAGACUAGCUGAACUUGUUACGGAGCACCUGGGUGGCCCUGUCCGUGAUGCAAAUAUCAUACUGGCCAAAUGGAUGGAGAGAAGCAUGGACUUGAGGACAUCUCUUCACACCACUGUGCUGCCUAUUGCAUCCCUGAGAGUUGGCCUCUCACGUCACCGUGCAUUGCUUUUUAAGGCAUUAGCUGAUAGUGUUGGGAUACCUUGUAAACUAGUGAAGGGUAGUCAUUAUACUGGUGUUGAGGACGAUGCUGUUAACAUUGUAAAGCUACAGGAUGACAGUGAGUGCUUGGUUGAUCUCAUGGGAGCUCCUGGGACACUAAUUCCAGCUGAUGCUUUGAGUGGAAAGGAUAUUCCUUUGAAGUCAGAUAAUCCAAAACCAAAUAGGCUUCCUAGUCUUCAGACAACUGUGGGUAAUAAUAAUGUUUAUUCAACACAGGCUGUUCAGAGUUCUGUGGAUGGAUAUAAUUCGUCUUUGGGUGUUACAUCUUGGAAAGCAGAACCGCUGAUCUCAUCAAUGGAUUCGAGUUCUAAUGAUGGAGUUGGGACUUCUGGACAAAAUGAAAAACUGACUUCUGCUGCUAAUCAGUUCGACCAUAGUUCGUCUCAAGCAGUUGGAAGUUCACUAAACAAAGGGGGCCGUGGACCCAAUGUAGCAGGUGAUAGUUUGAGGACAAAUGUAAAUAUCGUUCCAUACAGUCCCAAAAGUGCUGAAGACCCAAAAAAUCUUUUUGCUGAGCUUAAUCCCUUCCAAAUAAAAGGGUCCGGCAAAACUGUGAUGCAGAAUGAUCUUGCAAAUGAAGUUGGCAAGCUGCAAUUUUCGAAAACUAACAUUGUCAACAGUAAGCCUCCUUCACCCUUGAUGUGGAAAAAUAGACAUGCAUGGAAUGAGGUCCCCAAGGGAAAUGGAUAUGGUUAUGCAGAAGGUCCAUUAGUGAAGAACUAUGGAGGAGCUAAUAAAGGCAAUGCAUCAUUAGCUGUUUCUAAAAAUUCAUCCAAAUUACCUGAGAAAUCGUUUCCUAAUUUGGGAGAGAAACGUGACAGUAUGUCUAGUAAUUCAUCUGGUGAAAGUGGACCUAGAAAAAUGUCUUCCACAGAAGAUUUUAGUAAUGAUAGGGAAACAUAUCUCGCGGAGGAUGGGAACAACAUUACGAGGCAGCACGAGGUUAAGCAAAAUGGCCGAGAGAGGUUAACUAAGGCCAAUACAAAACUGAUGGAAGCUGGAGGUGGCAGUUCACUGGAUUUAGGCGCGAAGUAUGUUGAUACGGGUAUUGAUGAUGUUGGUUGUGAAAUUGUCUGGGAAGAUCUCGACCUCGGUGAAAGGAUCGGACUUGGUUCUUAUGGAGAGGUCUACCAUGCUGAUUGGAAUGGCACUGAAGUUGCUGUGAAGAAGUUCCUUGACCAAGAUUUCUCUGGUGCUGCCUUGGAUGAGUUCAAGAGAGAAGUGCGGAUUAUGCGUAGGUUACGCCAUCCAAAUGUAGUUCUUUUUAUGGGUGCGGUAACUCGCCCUCCAAACCUUUCUAUCGUCACUGAGUUCCUGCCUCGUGGAAGCUUAUAUCGGAUAAUCCAUCGCCCUCAUUGUCAAAUUGAUGAAAAGAGGAGAAUAAAAAUGGCUCUUGAUGUGGCAAAAGGCAUGAACUGCUUACACACAAGCAUACCGACAAUUGUUCACCGUGACUUAAAAUCACCCAAUCUCUUGGUAGAUAACAAUUGGAAUGUUAAGGUGGGUGAUUUUGGAUUGUCACGUUUGAAGCACAAUACAUUUUUGUCUUCCAAGUCGACUGCAGGAACGCCCGAGUGGAUGGCUCCUGAAGUUCUCCGGAAUGAGCCUUCAAAUGAAAAGUGUGAUGUAUAUAGCUUUGGUAUUAUUCUAUGGGAACUUGCAACACUGAAAUUGCCUUGGAGCGGGAUGAACCCUAUGCAAGUUGUCGGUGCUGUUGGUUUCCAGAACCGCCGCCCCGACAUCCCUAAGGAGGUUGAUCCUCUCGUUGGGAGGAUAAUUUGGGAAUGUUGGCAAACGGACCCAAAUUUGCGUCCAUCUUUUGCGCAGCUGAGCGUGGCUCUAAAGCCUUUGCAGCGGCUUGUCGUUCCCUCAUAUGUAGAGCAACCAACACCUCCAUCUUUGCCUCACGAGAUUUCUGUGAAUACUACUCCUUAAUUCGAAAUUUCCAGGUAAAAAUGUUUUUGAAAAAAAACAAAGAAUCAAACUAGUGAAAAGUUAAAAUAUUUCAGUUCGAUUAUUAGCUGUACAGCCUGUGUGUUUUGGAUGGUUUUUUGUAUAGUUUGAAACGUAAGUUAAGCCUUGGGGUGAUAUAUAUAAUGUGUAUAUUUGUCAAUGGACGAAACACGCCGUUUUAGAUUUAAUUAUGUGCAUCGUGUUCUUGUGGUUUAUUUGUGUUUUAGGAAUUUUGAAAGUGUUGUUGAAUGUAGAAAUUGUGAUUUGCG